ACCGACCGACCGUCUCAACCGAGUGUUCUCCUCUCUCCAGGCCAGUAUCAAGCCGGGAGCCGUCGAGAGGGUUGUUCCACCUGCGUAUAAUCGGCGCUGAUGUUACGCUCUGACCACCAGCUAUCCGACGAUUAACCGUAUCCCGAUUAAACUGUCACCGGGAGCGUUGCUGGUCGACCUUUUAGCCAACACUGGCUACUACAAGCUGAACACCACGGGCUGGACGAGAAAAAUGGGGCGUACGCUGAGCCACGAGAGACGGAUCGAUCGCGAAACAAACGUACGCUGGAUGGACGGCGACGUGCAGUAACGUUUGUCGAGCGGAAAGGAAGGAAAGCUUUGGCCAGCAGAGAGCCGUUCGGGGGUGUCGCGCCAUAGUGGGGUGGAACACGGUGGCUGUUUGUGGAAAACCGAGCGAGACACCGGUCGUUCGAACGUCGUGUGACAGUGCGCGAAACAGAGACACGUCGAAUGGAAUAACGCGAGUUUAACGCGAGGGGUGCGUGGGUGAAAGUGGUGGUCGGUGUCAGCGUCAGCGUGUAUUAGGAGGUCGAGGUCGUGUCACGUAGCAGAGACACAUCGACGUUCGGAAGAAUCAGCGAAAUACUGGAGCCACGAGUAAUUGGACGAACACCAUAGGAGGCCUAUCGUGACACGCCGAGAAUCGACCAAGUGGAGAGGAGGAACUCGAGAGGGGUGCUUGAAGAGACGACGACGUCGAGAGGACAGACGGAGAAAGUGUGUCACCGACGUGGUACAUACGAGGCGCCUCGAGGUGCCUUAGGUUAGGUUAGCGUAGCUAGACUCCCUUUGCACGAAGCGACAAAUUUUCAAAUUUUUCCUUCGUAACAAGCCAUUAGAGCAAAAAAUGCGCUUAAAUAAACAAAAAAUUCUAUCAUCGAAGCUUCCAUUGACCCGGUUACUGGAGAAGCGAAUUGAUUAAGCGCGGUCUAGUGUUGUCAAAUUGUGCGUAACGUGAUCGUGAAGUGAUACUCUCCUCGCAAAAGUAUUCGGUCAAUUAAACCGUAUCGAAAGUGUAUGUGAAACCCGGUGGUCAAGUGUGCUCCUAGCGUGUCCAGUGUCAUCGAGCGUCUAUCCAUUUAUUCUAUUUCUUAAUUAACAAAAUAAUAUCCAUAUCCAGCUAAUUUUACUCUCGCUGAUCGGUAUUGCUGAUUUUCGAUUGAUCCGUAUUAGUGAUAAAGAGACAACGAAGAGGAUAGCGGGAUUACACAGGGACGUGUGCAGAGUCACUCUCUCUUUCCACAUUGGUCGGGCACGCUCAUAGUCGAAGGUGAUCGGCGCGUGCGUGCUCACGUGCGAAUGAAGCCGGUACAACGUGGCUAGUGAGUACACAACCAGCGGAGGUACUCGAGUCUGAUAUCCUCGCGAACAGCCCGAAAAACAGCCUUUCUUCUGGUGAUGUGACGAACAAUAAAAAAGGCCGAUUAACCGUUGAAGCGACGCCGCUGAAAAUCGCGAUCGUUUAGCUACGAACAGGAAGCAUGCAUCCCUCGCAGGUGUCCAGCAACGUGGGCGCGCUGUUGCCUUUGCUGGUGGUAUUGGUUGGCCAGGUAGCCUUGUCCUUCGUCUUGGAAGGUUCGUCCACCAGCUAUGCUCAGUUCCGCAAAUGGAACGCAGGUCUGAACGGCACGCUGGAGUUCGAGUUCAAGACCGAACAGGGCAACGGUUUGCUUCUCUACACCGACGACGGCGGUACAUACGAUUUCUUCGAGGUGAAACUUGUCGAGAGUGCGCUGAGGCUGAGGUAUAACCUUGGCGGCGGCGCCCAGAUCGUCACCGUCGGCCACGAUCUAGGCGACGGCCACUGGCACAAGGUGCAGAUCACCAGGUUCAACGAGAACACCACGCUGACGGUAGACGGUGUCAGCGCAGUCUCAACGUCGCGAGGCAAGGAAUUCGAGUUCGGCAAACUGACGGGCAAUUCCGAUGUUUACGUGGGCGGUAUGCCCAGCUGGUACAAUAGCAAGCUCACGUUGCUCGCCUUGCCGAGCGUGAUUUUUGAGCCAAGGUUCAACGGUUUCAUCAGGAACCUCGUGUACGCCGAUGGCGAGAGUACCGUGCCUAAGAGACAAGAGAUGAAGAGUCGGGAUGCCAAGUGUGGUGGAUUUCCAUGCGUCGAGAAUGUUAAGCGCAAAUCGCCGAGGAGUUUACGCAACAUGAUGACAGCCAAUACGACUGAUGCUUGUGAAACACGUGAUCCUUGCCAACACGGUGGUAUCUGUAUUUCCACCGAUAGUGGACCCAUCUGUGAGUGCCGGUCCGGCGAUUAUGAGGGUGCCUAUUGUGAGAAAGAAGCAUGGAGCACGGUGCUACCUACGGCUGGUGCUGCUGAAUACUGGGCAUGGGAGUACAAUAAAGCUCCUUCUGAAGCAUCUUUCAAAGGAACAGAAUACUUGACGAUAGACUUGAGCAAAGGUGAACCUGUUCUGAGCACCCAGGAAUCUAUCAGUUUGCAAUUUAAAACUAGACAGCCUAAAGGACUUCUGUUUUAUUCCGGCAAUCUAUGCAGUCGUACUUCCUGUCCAAAUGGUGAGGGGGAUGAUUAUCUCACCGUGUCCCUGAGAGAUGGUGGAGCAGCAGUUGGGAUGACUCUAGCCAAAGGAAGAUUAGAUCUCCAUAUAAAGCCAGCCAGAGUUCGCUUCGAUGAUAAUCAGUGGCACAAAAUCAUCAUACACCGGAAGGUUCAAGAGAUCUCUUCCAUCACCAGCUUCUGCAGGUUGUCCGCCAUUGUCGAUGGGAUUUACGCGGAACACGGACACACUGCGGGCUCGUUCACGCAUUUGGCGAGCGAUCGGCUGCUGGUGGGUGGAGGUGCCGAAGCCAGAUCCCUACAGGGCGCCAAAGGGAUCACCAACUUCGUUGGAUGCCUGAGGAAGGUCGAAUUCAUCGCAGAGGGGGUGAAAAUGGAGCUGAUCGAGGCAGCCAGGAGCGGAGCCGCCGGAGCUGCCGCCUGGGGCAACAUGGAUUUCCACUGUCGAGAGCCUAGAGCUUCGGACCCGAUCACCUUCACCACAAGGGACUCUCAUCUGAAGUCUUCGGCGACGAUUAGUGCAAGGCGACUUCACGGCGCUGUGGUCACCUUCACCAGCCCAGAGUCCCAUCUGGUCCUGCCACCUUGGAAGGCGGCCAAGUCAGGCAGCAUGUCUUUCAAAAUUCGUACCAACGAACCCAAUGGGCUGAUCAUGUACAGCCGCAGUGGAGCCCACACGAGGCAAGAUUUGUUUGCAUUCGAAAUUUUCGGCGGUCAUUUGUAUCUGCAUGCUGACCUCGGAAGCGGACCUGUCAAGGUAAAGGCAUCAAAACAACGGAUCGAUGACGGCACGUGGCACGAUGUAGCACUUCGACGAGUCGAAAGAGACGGGCGUGUUACCGUCGAUAACUGGACAGUGGAGUUUCGUACACCAGGAGAUUCCACCCAGUUAGAUCUCGAUGGAUUGAUGUACAUCGGUGGUGUAGGUGCUCCAUUUGCACCCUUAACAGUUCCUCCAGUGUUGUGGACAGGCACCUUGAGACAGGGUUACGUCGGUUGCAUGAGAGAACUUGUCAUAAACGGACAACAAAUCGAUAUUGCUGGAUAUGCUCAACAACAAGACUCCGGCGCUGUCAGGCCAGCUUGUCAUUCUCAACCACCGCACUGUUCUUCGCAACCCUGCAUGCAUGGUGGUCAUUGUCUCGAGGGAUGGAACAGGUUUCACUGCGAUUGUACUGGAACACCAUUUACAGGUCCUACGUGUGGAAAAGAUGCAUCAACAUUGCAUCUAAACGGGACACAGCAAAUGACGGCCCUAAUGCCGGAGGAUUCGAAGACUCAAGCUGAAGAAGUGGUGGUUCGUUUCAAAACGACCCGACCACGUGGACUGCUUUUAUCGACUAGCUUGGAGAAUAGCCCAGAUCGACUGCAAAUCUAUCUGGAAGAAGGUAAAGCGAAAUUGCUGAUCCACGUCGGUGACAAGGAAAAGGUGCUGGUUGCUGGACAAGGGUUGAACGAUGAUAUGUGGCACACCCUGAGGUUUUCUAGGAGAGCGGGGUCUCUGAAGUUUCAAAUCGACGACGAGCCUUCUGUACGAUCUGAAACGCAGCUUAGCAAUCAAAGUAUCCUGGAAUUUCGUACUCUUCACGUGGGUGGCUAUUUACAUGCUGGAGAAGAGAUACCCCAUUUCGUUGGCCAACUACAGCAAAUUUGGUUCAAUGGGUACCCCUAUCUGGAAAUAGCAAGGAGCUCCGGGAAUCACCAAGCUUCUCAUCAAGGUGUCACACCUAUCAUCAGAGUAACAGGGAAGUUUGGUAAAAGGAACCAUCCAGUACAUUAUCCGGUGACUUUCACGUCGAAACACACGUUUGUUGGAUUACCUGUGUUGAAAGCGUAUGUGGAAACAAACAUCUACUUCCAGUUUAAAACACGCGAAGCAAACGGCUUGAUUCUCUUCAACGCUGGUCGAGAACGUGACUUCAUCGCCGUAGAAUUGGUGAACGGCCACGUCCACUAUGUAUUCGACCUGGGUGAUGGUCCUGUCAGGGUCAGGGACAGUUCGAGAUCCCGAUUGAACGAUGGAAAAUGGCAUGCUGUCAGUAUAGGAAGGCCAGCGCCUAAGAGACACACGCUCGCUGUUGAUGACCACGUCACUGUUGUGAACAGUCAAGGCAGUAAUGAGAAUCUUGAUCUCGAUGGAAUCUUGUGUAUUGGGGGUGUGGAGAAAUCACAAUAUGGCCAUCUACCAAAACAAAUACUCAGCAGACACGGUUUCGAAGGUUGUCUCGCCUCGCUGGAUCUCAGCGGCGAAAGCACCAAUCUGAUUUCCGACGCUGUUGUACCAAGUUCCUUAGUGGAAUCUGGAUGUAACAUGUUCACUAACCUUCAUCCUGGAAAGAAAUGUACCCAUGAUUUGUGCUCAAACCAUGGCACAUGUGUGCAACAAUGGAACAGUUACACCUGUGAUUGCGAUAUGACUAGUUUCAUCGGACCAACGUGUAACGAAGAAGCUGUAGCGUAUGAAUUCGGAGCCGGAAGAGGAAUCAUUACGUACACCUUUCCCCCAGAUCGAAGACCGGAAAUGAAAAGGGACACAGUGGCCCUGGGUUUCGUUACAAGUGUCAACGAUGCUGUGCUUCUCAGAAUAGAAUCUGCUUCAAGCGACGAUUAUCUCGAAAUUGAAAUUGUGGAAGGAAACGUGUUCGCCGUUUACAACAUGGGAACGAACGAUCAUCCUAUUGGUGAGGCCGGUGUGAAAGUGAAUGAUAAUCAAUAUCACGUCGUCAGAUUCACUAGAACAGGGGCAAACAGCACUCUACAGGUUGAUGAUUACAAUCUGCAGUCCAAUCAUCCGUCCGGUCGUCAGUUGACGGUGUUCAAUUACCAAUCGACCAUUCAAGUCGGUGGUCGAUGGAAUCGCAACAAAGGAAGAGUGGAGAGGCCAUUUUUAGGAAUAAUUGCCGGUCUCGUUGUGAACGGUGCACGAAUUUUGGAAUUAGCUGCCGCAAAGGAUGGAAGAAUUACUACCAGAGGCGACGUUCAAUUACUUCCGGUUGGAAGCCUUUUGGAUCGGGCAGCUCCGUUACAGAGAAUGCAACAAACGCCUGCGUCCGGUUUUCCGGGUGUUAUGGACGAUCUCAUAUUUUCUGGCGCCGGAAGUGGUUGCGUCGCCGACGACGAGGACGUAGAAUGCACUCCGAUCUAUGAGCCUGGUUCCGGUAAGUACGACAUAAUAACGCCAGUUUACGUCGCCCCGACGAGGUCGCCGACGACCUACAGACCGAAACAUCACAAGGAAAACAUCCAAGAACGUCCUUCGUGCGACGACGAGGAGGACUGCGGAGAAGGAUCCGGCGAGCCCGUCACCACCGAGGAAAUCUUCGUCACUUCAGCAACUGAUUCCAGUUCAGUGGCGUACACGACAGCCCGCGAGUACACGACCAGCCACAUCAGCACGCAAACGUCUCCAGGCUCGCCGUCCACAUCGACCCGGGACAUCGUCACCGUUUCUCUCCAGUACAAUGUGUCAACCACAGACCUCGAAACCAGCCACGCCAGUAGCGUCGUGACGCCGAGAUCGACGAGCGUAACAACUCAGACGACCACCACAGAGAUGACGGACCCGCCACCGCCACCGCCACCCCCAAUGUAUCCUCCGAUGCCUACACCGCCAAAGAACAACAACAACAAUAAAAGGAUAACAUCAGAGGCAGCGGAGAACGCUGCUCUGAUAAUAGGUAUCAUAGCCGCGGCGUUGAUCGCGAUCGUUCUCAUCAUUUUGAUCAUCCUCAAGUUCAAGAAUCGUCCGGAAACCAGCUACAAGGUGGACGAGACGAAGAACUUCUGUCAAGAUCCAAACGCGGCACUGCUGGGUGCGACCUGUUCCGGGCAACCGUUCAACGGUGCCCUGAAAAACGGCGCGAACGGUAGCAAAACCAACAAGAAACGAGAACUGGUAGAUAUCAAAGAGUGGUACGUGUAGAGAUGGCCGGUCUUUGAGGUGCGCGUUUCGCACGCGUUCUUGAACCUCGUGCCAGGUGUCCAGAUAUAAAUACUCGACGAACCAGUGUGAGUCUCGCUUAGGUCCUUCGUCGGUGCUGUGUUAGUAAUUCCUGUCGGACCCGUUAAUGGUGUUGCUCGCGGACUAAUGGUCUGCUCCGGGAACAGUGAAACGCGGCUUCCGUUUCCUCAUGAAUUAUGGAGAACGGUUGUCGCUAGAUCAAAGUGAUUCUUCUUUGAGAUUGAGCAUAUCCGAUACCCUCGACGGAAGAGAUAAGGUUGAAAAGAGACGAUGUUAGGUAUUGGGUAUGGUUGAGACAAAACUGUCCGGAAAUAGGUAUGAUUAUGUGCUGCGUUGCGAUAUUCGGAAACGCAAACCGGGACGCGUAAUGUCCCGUUUUGCCCCCGUAACUGAUGCGCAUCAAACGAAGAUAAAUGGGACUCUUCGACGCUCCGGUUUAUUUCCAGCACUUUUCCGACGCGACCUCGUAGGCGACGAAAUCUAAAUCCUCGAAAUACGGUCGCAUCCUCCUGAAGAGGCGUCGCGAGAUCGUCAACUCUCGCAAUCAAGUGAAAUCAAACUUCUUCCUUGUUAUUAUCUAUUGUUAGUUGUGUAUUAUAUUCAUUGUAUAUGAAAGAUUUAUUAUCUUCUUUAGGUCACGUCGUCGCUGAAUCUUUCUUCUAAAUACAGUAAACUUUAGUUAUCUUGCCGGGAGCGGGACUGUAGGGGCGGAAAAUGGAAUUGGCAAUAUAUAAAGAAAGCGUUCGCAUUUGUCGUAUGUGGUAAUAUAGUGAGAGGCUAUAUAGCAAGUGGCAACGUAACGUCGUUUACUGUAUACAUACGAGCCGCGCCGUAUUUCGAGGAUCAAACGUGCUUUCGUUGAAACAUUUUUGCAUAGUCCAAUUAUAUGCGCGUAAGAAAGUGUUGGAACUAACAAUAAGGACGAAAGUAUCACACGAAUGAUGAUCCUAUCUAGCGUUUAAUGAAAUCAUUGUUGUAUAGAAGAAAAUGAAAUUCCCCCAAAGAAAUGACACACACAUACACACACACACACACACACACACACAGAAAUAAAUAUACAUACGCGAUAUUUAUCGAUUACGUUACGCGUGUAAAUUGUUUAUUAAAUUAUAGAUUUUAUUAACACAACAUGGAGGAGAAUUAAGUGUACAUGUUACGUGGGUGCAUGGUGGAGCGUGAAAGAGAGUCCGUGAGCGAACUGGAUAUGUGACACGUCGGUGUUAUUUAUUAAUCUUAAGGUAUAACACGUUCACGUGGAACGUGAGGUAAGGAUAAUUAAACCCGAUGAACGCUGUCGAGUAGUGACACGUAGACAUACGCAGAGAUGCUUACACGUAUACACAGGAUGUGAAACGCAAGUAUUGCCAAAAUGAAACGAGCUACCUUUGACCGGUACUUAACCCUUUCACGCCUCUGUAAUUCUAUUCGAUUCUGUGUUUUGUUCGAGGUUUCAUUUUGGAGAAAAUCGAGUUUGAAGAUUGAUCAAUUUUACUGUAUACGUAUGAAACAAGACACACCGGGUGCCCCAGGUUUUUCUCAACAAAAUACAGAAGCUUGUUUUAUAGGUAAUAAACAUUUUGUUAUGAACAAUUAAACAAAACUUUCAAUUUUUAUACAUUGUAUAUGGGGAGUUGUAAUAUAAUAGAUAUAGAUCUAUGGUCAUACAAAAUUCCCAGAAACUUCAAAGACCAUAUUUUGAAACGAGUAUCAUUACCAACUAAUAGUGAAUAAGCACAAUCAAACUUUCAUUUAUUAUCCAAUUUUUACAUAAUGAAUUUUGUUACCAAAAAUCUGGGACACCGCCAUUUUUUGUAUGAAUAUCUAAAAGUAAAAAAAUUACAAUUACAACGUUAGUCGUCGAAGGAAAGGGUGUAAAGGGUUAAUUAUACCGGCGAAUAUCCGAAGCUGUUUUUUUAUAGCUCCGUCUUCUACCUAUUACGAAAUUGUCUGGAGGCUUCCUUCAAAUUUUGAAACAAGGAUAAGCUUGCAUCCAACAGAGCUUCCUCUAAACCCGACGAAUACAAUUGUUAUAUAUUUUCGUAUCACUCUGCUCGAUGUAUCCUCUGAUUUCCAACGAGAGUCAAAAUUAAUGCUGAUUUUCUUCGCACGUAUCUUAUUUUAUCUUAAUUACACUUUUAUAUUUUAGUACCAUUUCUAAGAUUAAUUUCAACAAAACUAAAAAUUAAUAUUAAUGCUUUUAACACUUAAGUACUUAAAUACUUUAAAGUAUCAUACGAAACAAUGCUCCCAUCGAAUUAAUUGUUUACAAAAAUCCCAUAAUUUUCAUCUUGUAAACAAUAAUUUAUUAAUGUUAAACAUAUCAGAUACGCAUGGCGAAGAACAGCACUGAUUUAGACAGAAUAUCAGUUGAAUAUCAAAAUUGUACGCGUGUCUGCCUAGGUUAGAAUCUUCUUAUUGUUAUCACUAUUCCAAUGAUUGUUGCAAUGGAAAUCAGUCCUUAAAUUUUCUUCGAAGCAAAUACUCUUAUAGCUUUCAUUCUUGUUAAAAGAAUAAGGAGACUUAUACAUAUAUAAAUUUAUGGACAGCUGUGAUUUUAUUCAAAUCUUCAUAUAUAAAUUCUUCAUCUUCAAAGAAUUAUAAGCUUGCAAAUAUUUUAUAAUAUGCUUAGAAUUCGGUAUUCCUCGAACUAUCUAUUUUUAUGAACGUUUUCUAUAAAAAUUGGGGAAGAAAUUUGAAAAAGAGGAUAAGUUGAACAUAAGUUAAAAUUGAUAUAGCGUACGAAGGGUGAGACAAAUUUUAGGAGAUGAUUCUGGAGGUGAAAAUAAGACGAAAAUCAAGAAUGACAAAAUAACGUUCACGGCUUUGUUCUUUAGUUAUUAAUAUUGAAAAAUAUUAGUGAAAAGCGCCUGAAACCGGCAAUCUGUUGUACAGCAGCGACGAUUGAACGUCGUAUCAGAAGGGGCGUGUACAGUCACAGCCAACAAUCGUUAAAUAUUGGAAGCUCGCCAAGUGGGAUUUUAGUACUUAUUGGAUGUGACUGUAUUUUGAUUCCCAAAAUCAUCUCUUAAAAUUUGUCCCACCUAUUGUCGAACAUCCUGUAUAAGUUGUGUAUUACAAAUAGAAAAGGUAGAUUAGAGAUAAACUUCGAGGAACACCAUGCGUAAAUUCUUCAAAGAACUCGUAAAAAGUUUCUGCAAAAUUCUCGUAUCCGAUUUUGCUUCUCGUCAUUAAUUACAGAAAGUCUGACUCGAGACACAGGGCUCGCUAACGAGCGGAUUCGUUCCUCGUAAUCGUUGCAAUUCGCGACUCUACGUAACUUUUAUCACCGUUAGUUCGAUUAACACUUAAAAAUGAUCAAAGAUAAUGGUUCAAUUGCCGAAAUUACCGACUCGAACGAACCUCACCAGACACGCCGAUGAAAAUACUAUCAGACUCGAAUUAAUACUUAUAUCACUUUACCCGUCGUUCGAGCUUCUCUAUCUUGAAAUUUAAUAAGAAAUUCUUCCCUCUUUAAUGUACGCUUCGAUGGAAUUCGAAUAGCUUUCUAUAGAAAAUUAAAUACUUAAAUGCGCAGAUCAAUUACAGGAUGAAAAAUAUUAGGAGGAAAAAGAAUCGUUUCGAAGUACCGGCUCUCAGGGAAGCAUAAUUAAAGCGAUUCAAUCAAUGAAAAUUUCGUUAAGUCUGAACGAUCUAACACGCAUAUCAGAAUAAAAACUAUUCGACGAUCUCGUUAUGACCAAUGGAAGAAAUCGACGAAACGACGUUACAAAGAAGAGAUUAUGAUCGUGUGGUGUUCAAAGGUCACAAACGAAAUGAGACAAAGGAAUUCUUCAACAAAAAUUACGACAAAGGAAGACGUGUGAAAAUUUUUUUUUUUUUUCCUUUCCAAAUGUAUCGAACUCUGUAUUCUUAAUCGCACAAGAGCUUGAUGGAUCCACACGUAGAGUUUCGCCGAUUAAAAUUGAUGCCACGAGUGUUCGUCUCCAGGCGACUUUUUCGCUUUGUUUUCUCCUCGUUUUUCUAUCGAUCACUAGUUAUUAUAAUUACACACCGACGCUUCAAAUGAAAAUAAAUGGCACAAUAAUCUAUGAUCCUGGAUUUUGAAGUCUUCAUCCAUCGAGAAUCAUUCGUAGGCUAUAAAAGGAUAAGUCGAUGUGGAUUUUUUGUAAUAUUUACGUAACUAAAGUUGAGCGGGCAGUCUUAACGAUAUCGCUGUACACACGAUUCUGUUUAAUAUACGCCCUAUGAAAAAUCAGUGAAGUAUUAGAAACGGUUUUGCAAUUGUAAAAUCGAUGAAAGUAAAAAAUUGGUAUUCGUUAAGAAACCUUUGUCGUUUGUCUGCGUAGGAGAAAAAAUGAAACAUCUUUUAGUGUAACACUUGCUUAAUCAAAGUCUAGUUAUUAAAUAUUGAUAUUUAUUUUUCAUAUAUACUUGCAUUUCGUGUGAUGUCAUUAAACACUGUUGAUUGACUUUUAAAAAUAUUGAAUUAAUUCCUCUUCAAUGGAUAGAGAAGAGCCACGAAUUAUUCUUUCUUUUGUUUUGGAAAUUAAUUUUGCAACCCCAAUUUAUCCUAUAUUUCUUGUGUUUCUUGAAACAAUGUCCAAAAAAUAUUCAACCUUUUUUAUACUAUUUUUAUUUUCCAAAAUAAAGAAAAGUAAAAAAAGUUAUGCUGGAAAUACAAAAAGUGUUCAAAACGAAAGUUAAAUAGGGUACAAAAAUAAUUCUCUCCAAUAUUAAGUGGAAUAUUAAAAUAAUUGUCUAAAAUCUUCCAGGAAAAAAUUAAAUGAAAUAUAAUAAUUUUCCCUUUCGAUUCUCCACCAAAGUGUCUAUAAAAUCUCAUAUCUGUUAAGAAGAAAUAAUAUCAAAUUUUCUUAUUUAUAUCUACCCUCUUACUAACACGUACAUUAUUGGUCCCGCGAUAUCGCAUGCAAAUUGGAAUUAAUGUGAAGACCCAAAAAAACAAAUAACAUUUUUCAAGAAUAUAAAAAUAAUUGAUGAAUAAUUUUUCCAACUCGAUGGGUGACAACGAACGAAUAUUAUAAAAAAGAAACACGUGUUUACCUAUUUUUAUCCAAACGAGAAACGUGAACAUAUUGUUAUCACUGCCCUCCAAACUCUCUAUCUGCAUAUCCUUCGAUGUACUGACGACUAAUGUUUACACUAAAUUAAUUAACUUUUAAAUACGAUAUCUUACCGAGCAAAAAUGUUACUCUACUAAUUAACGUAACGCAUUAAAUCUUGAACUUAAGUGUGUCGCGGGUAACAUCCUACCAAAAACUAAACUAUGUACAUACAUACAUACAUAUACAUAUACGUAGUGCGGCAACGGAGAAAGUGUUAGCGAAAAGAAAACGAAAAAUCAGAAAAUAGAAGAAACCAAGUAACGUAAGUGUGUAUGAACGUGUACAGGCGAAAAACAGAAAGUCGAUUAAUACACAGAGAAAAAAUGAAAAGAAUAGGAAAAUAAGCUCACACAAUUGUAUCUAGAAGUUGCUAUAGCUAGAUGGAAUUAUAUUUUACAUUGUACAGUCUAUACGUAUGGACGCACUAAAACCUAUUAAAUUAAUAGAUAGUAAAAACAUGUUUGUGAAAAAAACGGAGAUGGAAGGAAAGCGAAUAAAAAAGCUGAAACGGUGUUAGCAAUAAACCUUUUGUGGAACUCUAGGAUCGACAGCUAAUCGCGGAUAUUUUUGUUCUUUAAUACGCUGUUUCUCGAUUUUUACAUCUAUGUAUAUUGGAGAUAUACAGGUAUUUGAAAUGUCGGCUUCGGGUUGGGUCGGAAGAUGUCGGGCAGUUUCGGAUGGCUACCUAAAUAUGUCGACCUCGAAUCGCGUUCAGGUCGGGUAGGCUCGGGUCGGGUCGGGUCGUAUCGGAAGAGGUCGGAUAGAUUUGAACGGAUAGCCGAUUUAUUGGGUUACCCUAUUAUAGGAAUCGAACCCGUCUGAUUUCUUCCGAGUCAAUCCGACCGACAAGAUACUCGACACACUCGAUUAUCCGCACACUCUUAAUAUACAUAUAUGUAUACGUGUGUGUACGUAUACUUGAAUUCGAGCGCGUAUAUCGAAAAAAUGAUAAGAAAAAGAAAAUGUAACCUGUCAUGAUAAGAAAACCGAUCAAAUUGAUUUAACUCGAUGCAUUUUUAAUGAACGGGAUACGAAUUUCGCUCUAUUACAUGCGAAAUAUGAAAUACGAGUGUAGUAUAAAAAAGUGAUGCAUUUAGAUUUUUUAUACGUCAAAGCGGAACCUCCUAUGCCGUUUCGUUAGAAUUCCGAAUUAAUAAACGCGCAAGUCUUCGAUACCAUACAACACGAUCCACGCAAACAAUUCGCAAUUUCUUUGAUUUUAUUCGCAUAGCAUUUUAUGUCAUACAGGACAUGAGUGGAAGGAACCAGAAAUAAAAUUUAAAUAAAGUGAAAGAAUGAAAAUACGUUGUACAACAUACACACAUAAUACACACACACCUACGCAUACAGAUGCAUACAAUAAGUAAUAUGGUAGUGCGCGCACAGACACGCAUUACAAAAUAUCUUGAACAAUUGGAAACAUGUAAAUACAUAGACAUAAUGUCGUAAUUACAAAAUUAUAUGAAUAAAGUAUUGAAAAUGUAUAUGAAA